AAACCCAAUACAAACGUUCAAAAAAUUUACAACCCAAAACAAAAGCAUAAAAGUUAAGAUCCAAAGCCAAGAGGCACCCGAAAUAUCUAUCCUUUUCCCUUCCAUCCUCCUUAAAAAUUUAUGCUCUUUUCACUUAUUGCAGAGAAUCCCUUGAUUUUUGUCUCCUGAAAUAACAAAUGUUUACUCUGAAUCUCAUACCAUCCACUCCCAUCACUUUCUCCAAAUCCACUCAUCAAUACUUUCCCAUAAAAAGGAUCCAAACCCCAAAGAACUUGGCUGAGGCUCCUGUUUUUCUCACCAAAUCCACACCUCUCAACUUCAACAAAAUCCAUGCCUGCCCUUUUGGCAAGAUCCAAGCUUUAAGCACCAAAACUACCCAUCUGGGGAAAAUCCUUGAAAACCCAUCUAGGAAAGCAGGAUCCCAUGUUCCCAAAGCAGCUGCAUCAUCUGAAUCUAAUCCUGAAGGAGAAGCUGAAUCUGUUGAAGCAGCAGCAGCCGCUAAAUCGAAGGCCAAGACUUUACAACUUGCACUUGUGUUCGGUUUUUGGUACUUUCAGAACAUUGUCUUUAACAUUUACAAUAAAAAAGCAUUGAAUGUCUUCCCAUUCCCUUGGCUGCUUGCUUCUUUUCAACUCUUUGCUGGUUCCAUUUGGAUGUUGGUUCUGUGGUCUUUAAAGUUGCAACCUUGUCCCAAAAUCACAAAGCCUUUUAUUAUUGCUCUUCUUGGACCUGCAUUGUUUCACACAAUAGGCCACAUUUCAGCUUGCGUUUCGUUUUCUAAAGUUGCUGUUUCCUUCACUCAUGUUAUCAAAUCAUCGGAGCCUGUGUUUUCGGUUGUUUUCUCUUCAUUCCUUGGUGAUACAUACCCUUUGAAAGUCUGGCUUUCCAUUCUCCCCAUUGUUUUGGGAUGUUCUCUAGCUGCUAUAACUGAGGUUUCCUUCAAUUUUCAAGGCUUGUGGGGUGCUUUGAUUAGCAAUGUGGGGUUUGUGUUAAGAAACAUAUAUUCCAAGAGAAGUUUGCAAAACUUCAAAGAAGUGAAUGGAUUGAAUCUUUAUGGUUGGAUCAGUAUAAUCUCUCUGUUUUAUCUGUUUCCAGUGGCGGUUCUUGUUGAAGGGUCCCAAUGGGUUCAAGGAUAUCAGCAAGCAAUCCAAACAGUGGGGAAAGCCUCAACCUUUUACAUAUGGGUUUUGCUUUCUGGGAUAUUUUAUCACCUAUACAACCAAUCAUCUUAUCAGGCACUUGAUGAGAUUAGCCCUUUGACAUUUUCAGUUGGGAACACCAUGAAGAGAGUUGUGGUUAUAGUGUCAACUGUUUUGGUGUUUAGGAAUCCAGUGAGGCCUUUGAAUGCACUUGGAUCUGGGAUUGCCAUUCUUGGAACUUUCUUGUAUUCUCAAGCAACAGCUAAGAAGGUCUCUGCUCCUGAAAAAAAAAGCUAAGGAUUCAGUAAUCUCUUCAAAGUUUUAAACUUUUUUUUUUGGGGGGUCUUUCCUUUUGAUCAGAUGAUAUUUGCAUUUUGUUCCCUUUUCCCCCUUACUAUAAAUGUCAAUAAAUGACCUUAAUAUUUUGCUUGCUUAA